GCAUGAGCGGCCUUGAGAGAGCUGUAGUGCAUGCAUUCAGUCGGCCACUGCGUUAUGAAGCGCAGAUAUAGAACAUUCCGGGAGCGUACAGCGACGAUUAAUUGUGCUAAAUCAUGGUGACAGGUAUUCUGAUUUCUCAGUAGUCUGAAGGGACUGAGUUGAAUUCAUUCACACACAACAUCGCUAUGACCGAGAAGUCCUACACAACGACAUCUGCCUUCCCGGCGCUCACCCCGGGCAAACUAAGGAUCUACAGCAUGAGGUUCUGCCCCUAUGCUGAGAGAACGAGGCUAGUUCUUGAACAUAAAAACAUAGAACACGAAACAGUGAAUAUUGACUUGAAACAGAAGCCAUCUUGGUUCUGGGACAGGAACCCUAACGGGACUGUUCCUAUCUUAGAAAAAGACGACAAGGUGAUCUAUGAGUCUCUGGUCUGCUCUGACUACAUAGAUGAAGUGUACCCUAACAACAAACUGACCCCCUCGGACCCGUACAGGAGAGCACGGGACAGGCUCAUUGUGGAACUGUUUUCAAAGGCAGUGACCUUUUUUUACAAGAUAGCUUAUGGCAAAGAUGUUCCAAAGGAUGCUAUAAAGGGAUUCCACGAUGCUCUUGGUCCAGUGGAGAAGGCUCUCGCAGAGAGGGGUACUCCGUUCUUUGGUGGCAGCUCUGUUCAGAUGAUUGACUUCGCGAUUUGGCCUCACGUUGAAAGAUUUGACGCCAUGGCUCAGUUGGUGAAGGAAGCGAGGGUGACAACUGAUCGGUACCCCAAGCUUACCAAGUGGAUUGAAAACAUGGGCAAGGUACCAGCUGUACAGAAAUGUCGCUGGGACACAGCGGCACACAUUCAUUUCAUAGAAACAGCCAAAGCUGGAAAACCAGACUAUGACGUUGGCCUUUGAAUCUGCAUAUAUAUCUUCACAGAACUGUGCAGAUUACAACACAACAUAGCUAUUGAAUCUGCAUAUUCUCAUGCCUUCAUGGAGUGUCACUUCAGAAAUGAGCUAACCUUUGGAAUGAAAGUUACCGGAUGUGUUUUUGUGAACGAAAGCAAGAAUUUGUUUAUUUCAAAACUUUUGACUUGUAAUAAAACUUAAGACUGAGGUACUGCUAAAAUGCAACAAAAGCGCUAAAACUUUGAACUAUUUUUUUUAGGAAUUAUGGUUGUAUUUCAAUAUUGGAACUUGUGCAAGUCUUUGAUCCAAGCUGAUAUUUGGGGGGAUUUUUGGUCUAGAAGAAAAUUCAUCUUGGGUCAAGGACAUUGUCACAGACAGAUCUACGUUUUAAGAUUGUUAUUUUAAUUACAUAUACAUGUCCAUUUGGCAAUAAUUCUUUUCAUGAUAUCACCGAGGAUCUUAGAGCCAAGGUGAGGUCACAUCUGCAAUUUGAUCUCAAAGACAUACGAUCCUGGUGCUCCGAGCUAAUGUACAUAUGCAGGGUUUUACGGAAGGUAACAUUCAUUUGCCAGUGUAAGAUCGUUGGUUGUUUGAUCAGAUAUGAAAUCAUACACUUGUAGUGCUUCAAUAAUAAAGCUUGGUCAUCAAAAACAA